AACGCAGGAUAGGCUUAUUUAGGGAAAUCUAUCCUGUUUCUCCCUCAUAUAUAACGCCAUGCAUUUACAUCUGAAGAGACAGACGGUACUAGUCACUAAAUAAAUUUACUUACUAUAAUACUAGCACAAUAUAUAAAACUCCCUGAUUAUCUUUCCCUCCCAUCUCUUUCCCCACCCUAGAACCUUCUUCUCCAAAUAACUUCCCCCGUUCCCUUCCCACUUUCUCAACCCUUUUCCAUUUCUUGUUUGUCUUUAAUUUCUUUAAUUGUAUUUGUCUGUUUUUCUUUCAUGGCGUCGGCUUCACAAGCCAGUCUUUUACUCCAAAAGCAGCUCAGAGAUCUCUGUAAAAACCCUGUGGACGGAUUUUCAGCUGGUUUGGUUGAUGAAGAGAACUUAUUUGAAUGGAGCGUUACAAUUAUUGGACCCCCUGAUACUUUGUACGAGGGAGGUUUUUUUAAUGCUAUCAUGAGCUUUCCCCAGAACUAUCCAAAUAGUCCUCCUACAGUGAAGUUUACUUCAGAGAUCUGGCACCCUAAUGUUUAUACUGACGGCAAGGUUUGCAUUUCAAUUCUUCAUCCUCCUGGUGAUGACCCAAAUGGAUACGAGCUUGCUAGUGAACGCUGGUCACCUGUCCAUACGGGGGACGUGGGGACAGGCAGACAUGAACAUUUCACAGGCCCAUCACAGGCCCAUCAGAAAAAUGUUACCAAAAAGUUAUUACUGAGUACCUUCACAGGCCCAUCAGAAAAAUGUACAGUUACAGCAAAAGUUCUGUGGCGCGAAGCUCUCUUUGAUGUUAGGUUGUAAAAGUAUGUGAAUAUUAGGGUGGUCAUGCUAAAUGAUUGAAUGUGAUGCUGUUGUGCUCCUAAUUUUGGUAUGGUUGAGGAUAGUUUGUGUAAAAAUUGAGGUACUUUCACUGUGAAAAUCAUGUAAUGGUAUACUUUGGUGGCUGAAAUUACUUGUCCUGAUCCUAGUGACUGCGAUGACAGGUUGGUGCUUCUCCUGCCAUUCUGUUUAGGAAAAGAGUAUUUGGUGGAGUUUUUCAUGUGGUGGCUAAGUGUAAGAUUUAAAAAGAAACCUGAUUUUGGUGCUGGUAUCAGACCCCAAAUAAACCUCCUUUAGAAAUCUAUGCUUCGGAACUUUUACAGUUUUGUCCACAGGGACAAGAACAACUGAAUACAAGGAGAUAUUGGACAGGGUUCUGGCUCUUUUUCUUUUUGUUUUGUGCAUGCAGUUGAGAGUUACUGACUAGAGUGGUAUUAUUUGACAAGGUACAUAGAUGAGAGAGAUUCUUAUCUAUUUGUUUUUUCUAGAUGGGAAAAAA